AUGGAUGAGCUUUAUGAAAAUUUAAAAAUAAUUGAUUAUAGUUUAAUAUGUUUUGUAAAUAAAUACAAAAUUAUAGACAAAUAUGUAAAACAUAUAUUAGACAUUUUUGUAAAAAUAAUAGAUGAAUAUAAUACGUUAAUACAUAAAAUUAUAAAUGCCUAUAAACAAAAUGUCUACAAUUCUGUUCAUAAAAGCUUCCUUGAAUUUAAGAAAAAUGAAGAAAGGCUAGAUAAAAAAAAUAAGGAGAUAGACGAGAUAAAGAAUACUCUUAAAAAGGCGGUAAAACUCACUAAAACAAGCAUAAAUUUUAAUGAUAACAACCAAGACGACCAGGAUGUUUUAGAAUUUAAUACAAAUAUAAAAAUUAGUUAUCCUUAUAAUACAUUAGCUUUGUACAAGCUCAGAUAUUAUCGAAAUUUAUUUUUCAAAAAAUAUUCCACUAUAACAAAGAAUGAUAAUUAUUUGAAUGCUAAUUAUCAAAGAAAACGAUUUCUCGAAAAAUUAAAGUUAUCAGCAAAAAAUAGACAAAAUAAAAAAAAUGACAUUUAUAAAGAUGAUUAUAAAAAUAGGCAAAGAAUAUUAAAAGAAAAUCAUUUUUUUAAAGAAUCAAAUAAUUUAAAGGAUAUAUUAAUUAUAAGUAAAUAUUUAAAUAAGGCUAAAAGUAUUAUUAGCAAUAUUCCUUAUUUUUUAUAUACUAUAAUGGAAGAAUUUGAAAAAAGUGGUUCCUCAUACCAAGAGAACAUGCAUUUAUUUGUUCUUCUUGCAUUGAACAUGUGGAUCAAAAAGAUCAUCCAGGAGUGUGAGAGAUUUGUCUCAGAUCCUAAAUCGAAAGGAAAGAAAAACAAAAGAGAAAAAGAAAACGAGAAAUUUAAAGUAUACAAAGAAUAUCUUAAUGAUAUGAUACAAAGAGGAGCAGAACAAACAGACGCAUUUAAUGAAGAUAAAGUUUUAUUUCCUUAUCCUUCAAAUAUGAAAUUUAAUGUUAAUACAUCAUUUUUAACUUAUCAUUUUUUAUAUAUAAACCAAAAUUUAUUUAAUUUUAUAAAAAAAAAAGAAAAAAUUGAAAAGGGGAAAAAAAAGACACAAUCUAAAACUAAUGAAAAGGUUAUAGAAAAAAUUAAUUAUAAAGAAAAAGAUGAAUGUGCAUACAUGAAAAAUGAUAUAUAUAAUUAUAAUUUAUAUAAUGAAUAUGUAGAUCUAUGUAACCUUACUGAUUUAAGUUUCAAAAUAGAUAAUGAAAAUAUAUAUCCCAACAUAUUUUUAAUAAAAAAUUAUUUACAUGAAGAAGCAAAAAAUAUAAUAGACAUAAUAUAUAAAUUACAAAAUAAAUAUUUCAAUUUAAUGAUUUAUCAAGACGUUUCAAUAAUUAUACAACUAAUUUUAUAUAUUUUAAAUAAUUUUAAAAUACUAAGCCAAAAAGAAUGCCAACAAAAUUUUGAUGAAUAUGACAGUUCCAAAAAAUAUAUCUCAAAUAAUAUAAAAUCCAAUUAUUUAAAUAUGUAUAGUAAAAUAUUAUUUCCUAUGCGUUUAACAUUUUUAAAUAUCCUUAAAUUUGUUCAUAAUACAUUGAAAAAACAUAAAUGGAAUUAUAUUUGCACAUUUUGGACUAAACUUGAGGGAAGUAAAUCUGAUGUUGACACUGAUGGAAAUGAAACAAAUAAAAAAUGUUCGUCCAAAAAUAAACACUUUAAUUAUUUACCUUUGUUACUAGACGAAUGUAAUGAAAAUAAUUGUUAUCAUUUUAACAAAAAAAAAAAAAAAAAUAUUCACAAUAAUUCUGAACAAAAAAAUAGUGAGCUAGCUAAACAAAAAAUUAGUAAGCUAGCUGAAGAAAAAAUUGGUGAGCCAGUUCAAAAAAGAAUGUUAUGUUCUGAUUUUUAUAAGACAGUUAAUGAUAAUUUGAAAAAUGUAAAAAUCGAAAUAGAAAACAAAAAUAAUAGAGAUAUAUAUACAGGAAUUUCACUAAAAAAAAAAAAUAAAUAUAAAAUUGAUCAAAGUCCCAAAACCAAGGAUCCUACAUAUAGUCCUAAAAAAAAUAAAACAAAUUCAAAAGAAGUCCAAAUAAAAAUCACAAAACAAGUUAACACCAAUAAUAAUAAUGGAAAAAGUAAUACUACUUCCAUUUUGCAAAAAACAAAGACUCAGACAAUCCUUACAAAAAAAGGGAAUAAUUUACCUACUCAAAAUGUAGCUAAAUCUAAAACUUUAAAAAUUAGCACAUUGCCCCCCCCAAAAAUAAAAACAAAUAAUCAAAAAGGAACAAGCCAAACAGGUGUACAAAGUAAAUCAUGUGGAAAUAAUUUAAAUAGCAAAGUUGUUAUAGAAAAACAAAUUAAUCCCAUUCAAAAAAAAUUUGAAAAAGUAGGGAAUAGGCCAGGGGCCAACAUCAAAAAAAAGUAA